GAUCAACUUGGUCCUAUUUUUCUUGUUUUUUUUUCCUUUUUAUAUAAUUUUAUAUUCCUUUUCUGACUUUUACUAUGUGUUAAAUAGUGGAGCUCGUAAGUAUAUAAAAAGUAAAAAAAAUUAUAAUAAUAUUUGGUCUUAUAUUGUACCUACGUAACAUCAAUUUGUACAUCGAACUAUAUUCUAGCUAGUAGAUGAAUAGCCAUCCAUCAAUUAAUUAGAUAUAAGGAAAGUACUGACCAUCACUUUUUAUAUCUUUAAUAUUUAUAUCAUUAGAAAUCAAGACUUUAAGAUAAAAUAUUGGUUUAGAUGCAAGCUUAGUCAGCAAUGAAAAUAUGUCGUUUCACAUAUUAUGCCUUUUCUACCUAUAAAUAUAACCCAAAACUAUCCCACAUAUAAGCACCACACACACCCCAAAAGUUAUACGAAUAUUAGCCAAUUUCACAAGCUUUAACACUUCCAUUGAUGGAAAUGGAUUUGAAUGCACAAGUGAAGAAGGCAUGUUUCUUGCAAAGGCUUAAGGAUUUCCCUAGCAAGCUCAAAGACGGUGUCACCAAGCACAUAAAGCAUGUGCAAAAGUUUGGGAAAGAUGACCCAAGAAGGAUCAUCCAUUCCAUAAAAGUGGGACUUUCUCUCACAUUAGUUUCAAUGUUGUACUAUGUAAGGCCACUCUAUAAUAGCUUUGGGGUUUCCGGUAUGUGGGCAAUACUAACCGUAGUCGUGGUCUCCGAGUUCACUGUUGGUGGGACACUUUCAAAAGGUUUAAACAGAGCUUUCGCAACAUUAAUAGCCGGUGCCUUAGGGGUUGGUGCAGUACACCUUGCUCGAUUGUGUGGACACAAAGGAGAGCCUAUUGUUCUUGGGAUAUUAGUGUUCUCACUAGGUGCAGCUGCGACAUUUUCGCGGUUUUUUCCAAGGAUUAAACAGAGAUAUGACUAUGGUGCCUUGAUAUUCAUACUUACAUUUAGCAUGGUUGCUGUUUCGGGGUACCGUACAGAUGAAAUAUUGGUUAUUGCAUAUCAAAGACUAUCGACUAUUCUCAUUGGUGGAACAAUAUGCAUUCUUGUGUCGAUCUUCGUUUUUCCGGUAUGGGCAGGCGAAGAUCUUCACAAGAUGGUUGCUAACAACAUUAUCAAACUCGCUAACUCCUUAGAAGGUUUCGAGGGUGAAUAUUUUCCAUCAUCGGAGAAGACUUCAAAGGGGACAAACUCGAGCGUCCGAGAAUACAAAAGCAUUCUAACAUCAAAAAGCACUGAAGAUACUUUAGCGAAUCUUGCGAGAUGGGAACCAGGACAUGGCCGAUUCAGGUUACGCCAUCCAUGGACAAAGUACUUAAAGAUCGCAGGACUCGUUCGCCAAUGCGCCAUUCAUUUCGAAGUUCUCAAUGGCUGUGUUCUCUCUGACGCUAAGGCACCGCAAGACUUCAUAAGCAAGAUUCAAGAGCCAUGCUCGAUUAUUAGCAGAGAAGCUGGCGAAGCCCUAAAAGCCAUAGCCAAAUCUAUCAAAACAAUGAGCAGAUACCAUGUUUGUGUGAAUACACACAUUAAAAACUCCAAAAAUGCCAUAGAAAACCUAAGGCUUGCACUCAAAGUUUCUUUCCCGGAGACAGAUAAAGAUCUCCUGGAGAUCAUUCCAGUAGUCACAAUGGCGUCAACAUUGAUCGACAUCGUGAGUUAUGUCGAGAAGAUCUCUGAGUCUGUGGACGAAUUUUCAGUUCUGGCACACUUUAAAGAGAAUCUGGAUCCAAAAUUAUCGCCGGAGUUAGGACAACAUCACCUACUUCACAAGGGAACUGUAAAGCCUGUUCUAGAGGGUGACAACGAGGAAGAAUGCAAUAACUCUCCUCAUGUUGUUAUCGCAGUCCAUGAUGAACAGCCACCAACAGUCAACGAGAAUAAUGUUAAUUUGGGAGCAGAGAAGACGACAGUUGUUGUCGUGUAAAUAAGCUUUUCAUCGUCAAUAAUUCAAAAACUCUUUGACGGCCGGGAACUUGUUUUAACAUUAUCGAGUAGUAUAUAAAAAGAUAUUACUCAUUCUACUUA